AUGGCGGAAUGGAAGCAUGAUGCGAAUAAUACAUCAGUUACAAAAAAGCAAAAAUUAGAGCCGAUAAUAAAUUAUGAUUUACCGUUCACGGUUACCAUGCCCAGCUCUCAGUUGCGUGAUUUGGAUUUAGUGCAGUGGUUAAAUAACAAAUUAGGAGACACUAGUGAAUUAUGGUGUGGUCGUCAAGCAGCUUCACUGCUUUCACGUGAAAUGCUGGUGGAAUUGGAAACUUGUUUUCAAGCAUUGGAACCACAUGUGAAACUGAAAAUUGUGCUUGCGAUCCCGCAUUUAUCUUAUCGUCUACUUACAUUGUGGAAGGAACCAAUAAUCAAUCUUUUGGAUUUGGCUCGAAGAGAUGCAGACGAUUGGGUGGAAAUGGUUGCUAAUAUGUAUAAAGAUUAUCCGAAUCGAUAUGCCAUAGUUCCAGUGUUUUACAACGAGGAUUCCUUUUUCAAUAAAUCACUUGAUGAGUUGAGAAAGAUAGUCAAAAAUCACUUCACAAAUAACAAUUUGCGUUUACUUCCUCCUGAAUUAUGCUCCGUUUCUCAAAAUGCAAUCAAGGCACGUUUUGGGAUUACUGAAAUUGAAACUCGCAAACAUUUUAAUUUGAAACGACGAGCUAAAUCUUCAGUGCUGAAAGCGGAACUUCUGAAAUCACUUGAGAUUGCAUGCAGCCGAAAUAAGAAUCAAAAAUAUGAUGUCGUUUCAACAAGUUUUCCUAUUCGAUUACGAAGCACUCUUCGAAAACCAAAUAAUGAUUUACCGAUGCGUGGAAUACCCAACACGAACACCUGUAAAUUGUCGGCUGGAUUUACCAAUGAACCGCGGAAAUUUCCUCGUCAACUUAUAAGACGUGAAGGUGGUGCAAAGUUUAUUGAAAUUGGAGAACUUCCACAAUCAUUAAGUGCUCGUCGGAAAGAAUUAGAAGCAGAGGAACGAGCUAGAAAGCACCAUGAAAGGGAACUGCAAAGAAAACGAAUGCAAGCCGAGAAAGAUGUUAAGCGAGCUACAAUAACUGUGCAGAAACCAAAAACUACUUCUGCUGCAAUAGAAAACUCAACAUCAGCGAUGAGUGAAAAUUUGUCCUCUCUUCAAGAUGCUCAUGCCUCUUAUGUUCCAAAAAAUAUCAUUCCGGACGCUUCUGUCAUUUCUAUUUUUGCACCUGUCACAGCCGUCGCAAAUAAUAAUAUGAAGCCAGUACUGACCAAACCCUGUAUGUCUUAUGGUGACGUUCGUGAAGUUCCUACGGUGCAUGCGAAACCCCAUCAGAGAUCGCAAGAGACGGAACGCGAAUUAUUUGCUUAUCGGCAGUGUGAAGAAAUGUUGGCUUCUGCCAAUGUGCUAAAUGAAGAAGGCCAUCGCAUGGUAGCUGCUUUCAUGUCAGGCAAUAAAGGUGGACAAAUUUCAGCAAGUUGUCAUGUUUUUCCUUUUCAUCCUAAAAAUUUAUUAGUGGUAGACAAAAGUCUUUCAGUUCAUCCUUACCCUCAUUUGGGUGAUGUUUUGACUUUAAAAUUAUCGGAAUCAUAUGAAGAUGAACUUCGAUCUGAUGGAACAGAACAGAAACUGCGUGUUGAAACAUUUUUCCAGAUGGAUUAUCGAACAGGGGAGUGGAAACGUUUACGAAAAUCACGAGCUGUACGCAAGGAAGAUAUGCCAGUAUUAGUGGAAACAUUCGUGCAUCCAAUAAAUUCUCCAUCAGCAGGUUGA